ACUCCUUCUAGUUCUUUCUAGGGUGUCUGUCUGAGCUACUCGGUACAACGUGUCUUCUUCAUUAUGGACCAGCGGAAAGUGCGGGAGCUGCAGGAGUUCGUGCGGUUGUGUCAGAGUAACCCAGACAUUUUGCACUGCCCCGAGUUCAAGUUCUUUGCGGACUGGCUCAUUAGCAUGGGGGCUUCAGUUCCAGCUCCUACAAACAAAGAACCACCUACACAUACCAAGAAGGAGACACCAGUGAAGGAAGAGAGAACACCCUCGCCUCCCCCCAAACCAGAGAGUGAGGAGAGUGAUAUUGAGAUUGAUAACGAGGGAGUGGUUCCUGGAGAUGAUGAUGAACCACAAGAGAUGGGAGAUGAAUCUGUAGAGGUUACGGAAGAAAUGAUGGAUCAGGCCAAUGAAAAGAAAGUAGAAGCAAUUAAUGCUUUGGGAGAAGGUGAGCUUGAAAAGGCCAUUGAACUGUUUACUGAAGCCAUAAAACUGAACCCACGGAUCGCAAUUUUAUAUGCAAAAAGAGCAAGUGUGUAUGUUAAGCUACAGAAGCCAAACGCAGCAAUCCGUGACUGUGACCGAGCAAUAGCCAUUAAUCCUGAUUCAGCACAGCCAUACAAGUGGAGGGGGAAAGCACACAGACUUCUAGGACACUGGGAAGAUUCCGCCCAUGACCUGGCCAUAGCAUGUAAACUGGAUUAUGAUGAGGACGCAAGCACUUUACUGAAGGAAGUGCAGCCACGAGCAAAUAAAAUUGCAGAGCAUCGGAGAAAAUACGAACGCAAGCGUGAGGAAAGAGAAAUAAAUGAGAGAAAGGAGCGUCUGAAGAAAGCCAAAGAGGAGAAUGAGAGAGCACAAAGGGAAGAAGAGGCUCGUCAUCAGGCAGGAGAGCAGUUUGGUGGAUUCCCAGGUGGGUUCCCUGGAGGAAUGCCUGGCAUGGGCGGAAUGCCUGGCAUGGGCGGAAUGCCUGGCAUGGGCGGAAUGCCUGGCAUGGGCGGAAUGCCUGGCAUGGGAGGAAUGGCUGGAAUGCCAGGAGUCAGUGACAUUUUAUCAGAUCCAGAAGUGCUGGCAGCCAUGCAGGACCCUGAGGUGAUGGCUGCAUUUCAAGAUGUAGCUCAAAAUCCAGCCAACAUUUCAAAGUAUCAGAACAACCCCAAGGUGAUGAACCUAAUCACCAAACUGUCAAGUAAAUUUGGGGGAAGUGCAUAACCUGCUGAGGAGUCUAAGCAAUACAGGAAAUAAGCCAAUGGUCGGGCCAUAUCCGUUAUCACGCUGGUGUGGCCUGCUGUAUUUUCUUCUCCCUUAUUACCCUCUGAUGUGAUUGCUGCUGUACCACAGAAAUCAGCCAGCAUUCAGCAUUUAUUCCUAUGACAGAUACGGUUCUAGAGAUAUGGAGGUUAAUGUUCAUGUUUUGAUUUUUUCCUAGCUUGUCUGGAAGGAGUUUGUGUUUUAAUAGGCAAAUUCAGUCCCAUUCUGGAGAUGCAGUCCACUUUAUCCAAGUAUACUUUGUAUAUUAGCACUGUAAUAAAGUAGGGCAAUAAAAGCACUUGGCUGUUUUUCCUCCAAUUGGCCACCAUGUCCAAAGCAAGUUAUCUGAAAGAAAAAUCUGGAAUCUGUAUGUACUCCUCCUAAAGCCUGAGAUUUCACUGGAUUUUAUUAAUAAAGGCCGUUUCACCUCUCCGCCUCAAUGAUAAAGAUUUUGGUACCCCUUCCAGCCACCCAAUCUCCUUUCACUAAUGACUUCAACAUAACAAGCCAUUAAAGAAGCUCUGCACAAACUGGAAAAUGUGUAUUUUGACUUACUUUAACUAUUUUUAACUACAUAAAUAUGCCUCCAGCUGGCAAUCAUCAUCAUUA